UGACUUUACCCCAUACCCUUACCCUCAUCUUGACCAUAACCCUUACCUACCUCUAAACUUAACAUUAACCCCUACCUUAACCGUUUUAAAUGUAAACUUAAAUUGGGUGACGUCAGAGUUCAGAGUCCUCCCAAGGAUCCCGUUUAGACAUCUUAGUUUUUUAGUAUCUCCCUUUGAGUUUACGAGAUCUCCCCCCGAAUCCUGAGCGAGGCAGUCACCGAAACGAGAGGCGAUACCCUCCUGCACAACAUGGCUACAAUUGUAACCUCGACCAGAUUUACAGACGAAUAUCAGCUGUACGAGGAGCUCGGAAAGGGCGCCUUCUCCGUUGUCCGGCGAUGCGUUAAAAAGUCCAACGGCCAGGAAUUUGCUGCUAAAAUUAUCAACACGAAAAAACUCUCAGCAAGAGUCUGCUCAGACAGCUGGUGAGUGGAGUGGAGGGCCUGAGGCUGAAGGGAUGAAGGGUUGAGAGGAGCACACCCAGGUGGCCCUGAGAGGAGAGAUGGAGGUAGAGAGAGAUGAAGAGACCAGCGUCUGAUCCAGUGGAGGGCUUGCGGUGGAGCACACCCGCAAUAACAUCUGCUAAAUAUGUAUCAUCAAAAACUGGAACGAGAGGCCCGCAUCUGUCGCCUGCUCAAACACCCCAACAUAGUACGACUACACGAAAGUAUCUCAGAGGAAGGCUUCCAUUACCUGGUCUUUGACCUUGUCACCGGUGGAGAGCUGUUUGAAGACAUUGUUGCCAGAGAGUAUUACAGUGAGGCCGAUGCCAGCCAGUGUAUCAAUCAGAUCCUGGAGAGUGUCCACCACAUGCACCAGCAUGACAUUGUGCACAGGGACCUCAAGCCAGAAAACCUGCUCCUGGCCAGUAAGCUGAAGGGAGCUGCAGUGAAGUUGGCUGACUUUGGGCUGGCCAUCGAUGUGCAGGGAGACGAGCAAGCAUGGUUCGGUUUUGCAGGCACUCCAGGCUACCUCUCUCCAGAGGUCUUGAGGAAGGACCCCUACGGCAAGCCGGUGGAUAUCUGGGCCUGUGGUGUGGUCCUGUACAUUCUCCUGGUGGGCUACCCUCCCUUCUGGGAUGAAGAUCAGCACAAGCUCUAUCAGCAGAUCAAGGCUGGGGCCUACGAUUUCCCCUCCCCAGAGUGGGACACAGUGACCCCCGAAGCCAAGAACCUGAUCAACCAGAUGUUGACCAUCAACCCUGCCAAGAGGAUCACUGCUGACCAGGCUCUCAAGCACCCAUGGAUCUGCCAACGUUCCACAGUGGCUUCCAUGAUGCACCGCCAAGAGACUGUGGAGUGCCUGCGCAAGUUCAACGCCAGGAGAAAACUCAAGGGAGCCAUCCUCACCACCAUGCUGGUGACCAGAAACUUCUCAGUGGGCCGACAGCACACCAGCCCUGCGGCCACCACCAGCACAGCUGCUCUUGCUUCAGAAGCAUGCAAAAGUUUACUCAACAAGAAGUCAGAUGGUGGAGUGAAGCCGCAGACAAACAACAGUAAAAACAGUGUAGUGAGCAGUACCAGCAGCACCAAAGACAGCAGCAUAUCAUCUUCAGCACCAAUGGAACCACAGACCACUGUCGUGCACAACCCAGCUGACGGCACCAAGGGCUCUACAGAGAGCUGUAACAUCACAGAAGAGGAGGAUGUGAAAGGUAGGAAAGUGUCUGCGUGCGGGUCUAGCGUGGACAGUGCAAUGGUCAGCCAGUGCAGUGCCAGUGAGGAACAGACCCAGGCUCAGCCCCCUCACUGCCCACCCGCCUCUCGCAAACAGGAGAUCAUCAAGAUUACUGAGCAGCUGAUUGAGGCCAUCAACAACGGAGACUUCGAGGCUUACACGAGAAUCUGUGACCCCGGACUAACCUCGUUUGAACCUGAGGCUUUGGGAAACCUGGUGGAGGGCAUGGACUUCCACAAGUUCUACUUUGAGAACUUGUUGAGUAAGAACAGUAAGCCGGUCCACACCACCAUCCUGAACCCCCAUGUGCACCUGAUCGGGGAGGACGCGGCCUGCAUCGCCUACAUCCGCCUGACCCAGUACAUCGACAGCCAGGGGCGCCCGCGCUCCUGCCAGUCAGAGGAGACCCGCGUGUGGCACCGCCGCGAUGCCAAGUGGCUCAACGUGCAUUUCCACUGUUCAGGAGCGCCUGCCGCACCUCUCCAGUGAACCUUUAUCAGACACAGCUUUGCCUGAAUUCGGAAGCCGAUUGGAGCAUUUUCUCAGUGGUCGGAUUGGCGCCAAGAGCCCUGCCAGAAGAGAACGCUUGGAAGUUUAAAAUCUAAGGGGAAAAUAUAACAAAAUAAAAUAUUUUAAAGCCGACCGACUGACAACACCACCACCACCAAUCCAGUCCAACCCUAGCUAUAUGUUGGGGGCCGGCUGUAGCUGAAGCCCUGCCCUCCAGACGGUGCAUGCUUCUGACGCCCACAGGGGGGCGCUGUCUUGUCCUUUUCCAUGGAUCCAUAUUUUUUUUGCAGUUUUGAAAGUGUUUAAAGUAUUAACAUAUGUAAAAUAAAUUAUCAAAAAACCUUCACAUUUAAUCAGCAGGUAUGGUAGUAAUGAUUAAAGAAAAUAAAUGUGAAUUUUCUAUAAAAAAAAUAGAAAAAGGAGAACACCCUAAUUUUUGUGGUGGUUGUUUUUUUGUUUUGUUUGUUUCACAGUUAACAUAUCUAAUUAUUUCUGUUGCUGGAUGCAAACAAAUGCUAGAAGGGAACAUUUCUGAAAAACAAAAAGCUUGAUUCAAUCCGUAUCGCAGGUUCAGCGCUAUGGCGCGAUUGAAAUUUAAAGGUCAUUUUUAUGAUUGAGCGGACCGAUGCAUCGUUUGCCGUGAAUGCAGUCUCCACGAACGCGAGCACAUUGCCUUUAAAUUUCAAACACGUUAUAGCGCUGAACUUCCGCGAUACGAAUUGAACCAAGCUCUAAAUUGUUACUUACAGUAAUAUCAACAUUUUAGACAUUGUUUUAAUGUAGAUGUUAUCUUUUUAUGGGUCGGGUGUGUUGCAGAAGGGACUCUUGUUUUUUAGUAUUCUGAUGUGUUAUUGUGGACCUCUUCAUUUUUAUCCCCUGAAUGAUGCUGUAUUUGAAAGUAUUUUGUGUGUGAAGAUUUUUUUUAUUUUUAUGGGGACUUUAUUUAAUAUAGUAAUGUAUACAUUCAUAUUUAUAAGGAGAAAGACUUUACUUUCAGGGUUUGGAUGCGUGUGUGAGAGUGAAGAUGCGUUCUCAUGUCCCUAUAGCUCCCUUUUCAAGCUCGUUUGCGCUUUGAGAUCCCCAGUGUAUAUGCACACAUGCAUGCUCACACAAGGCCCAAAAUCCAGCUCACUGUGGUGUGCCCUUUGGGUAUGUAGACCAGCCAGCUCCUCCAGCAACAGGCCACAUUCUCCUGACCAGCACAACCUGAAGUUGCAGAACACUACUAUUGGUUCAGUGUGCCGAGUUUGCCUUCUUCCUUGGGCCACUAGAGGGCACAUGACACAAUCAAGCCUACUGCUACUAUUCUGACGGAGACCCCAAACCACAAACUCUGAAAGCUCGUACACCUCUCCUUCCUAUUGUUUUCUACUCUGACUUUAACAUGUUUGAUAAAACAUUUUGGGGGGGGAAAUAUGGAAAAAUUUAAUAAAAUCUAAAAUGGCCGGUACUGUUUGGCACAAACUUGAGACUCAAUGCUGUUCUGUUCACUCCCCGGAUGAACGUUUCUGCAACUUCAGGUUAAGCUCACUUACUCCUGGGGUCUCUACCUGUGUUUCUGUAGUUAGUGACCCUGCUAAUCAGCUUUCUAUUAGCGCCACUCAGUGUGAUAUCACCCUUUGCCUGUCUCUCUUGUUCUGGUCCCUGUCCUGUUCUCGAACAUUGUAUAUUGUCCGUCUUCGCUUGCCAUACCUCUCUGUAAAGUCAUUGGCACUAAAAGCAUGUGAAAAUGAAAAUGCUGUAAAGUGGGGUGUUGAGUUGGCCAGUGGCUGGUGGUGGCAUGUCGAACAGCUGGCUGGGGAAGGGCCGGGAGGUGGAUCUGGGGGCCACGCUUAAGGCAAUCAAUGGAUUGGUCCCUUUAUCCCGGGUUUCAGUUGUAACUGUUCUAGAUGUUAGUGUUUGUAAUGUUGGUAUUAUUAUGAAUAAUCCAUUUCUUUUUGAGAUUGGAGCUGGAAAUAUGGGGAGGCAGUUGAGGUGGGGGUUGGGGCUCAGGCAGCUGGCCAAUCACACCCAAGCCUCCCCUGUCCAACCCAAUUCCCACAAUACACAUAUGUGGAAUCAACACACACACAGUGCACUCCCAAUGCAAAUUAUAUUUGAAUAUAUAUAUACACUGAGCAAAAAUAUAAACGCAACAUGUAAAGUGCUGGUCCCAUGUUUCAUGAGCUGAAAUAAAGAUCCCAGAAAUGUUCCAUACUCACAAAAAGCUUAAAUAUCUAACAUUUUGAGCACACAUUUGUUUACAUCCCUCUUAAUGAGCAUUUCUCCUUUGCCAAGAUAAUACAUCCACCUGACAGGUGUGGCAUAUCAAGAAGCUGACUAAACAGCAUGGUUAUUAAUCUGGUGCUCCCUGUGCUGUGGACAAUAAAAGGUCACUCAAUCUGCAGUUUUGUCACAUAACACAAUGUUGAGGGAGCGUGCAAUUGGCAUGUUGACUGCAGGAAUGUCCACCAGAGCUGUUGCCAGAAAAUGUCAUGUUCAUUUCUCUAGCAUAACAUUUUAGAGAAUUUGGUAGUACGUCCAACCGGCCUCACAACCGCAGAACACUUGUAACCAUGCCAGCCCUCCUCAUCCUGCUUCUUCACCUAAGAGAUCGAGGGGGCUGCUGCUGAGGAGCGUUCCUAUGUUUUACCAUUAACGGGAGGGAGGGUGCUUCUGAGGAGUAUUUUUGUCUGUAAUAAAGCCUUUUUGUGGGGAAAGAACACUGAUUGGCUGGGCCUGGCUCCCAGUGGGUGGGCCUAUGCUCUCCUCCCAGGCCCACCCAUGGCUGUGCCCCUGCCCGGUCAUGUGAUUAGAGCCUAAUUUAUGUAUAUGAACUGUAACUCAGCAAAAUCUUUGAAAUGGUUGCGUUUAUUUGUUUGUUAUGAGAGACACACACUAAAAACAAUCUCCCUUUAAAAACAUAUCUUUGUGAUAAUGGUAAAACAUUGGAACACUGUUUUUCACUGUGUUGUAGCAACUUGUGACUUUGUACCGCCAGAGGGGUGAAGCUUGCUGUUAACCCCUUCCUUUCUGUGCUAAGCAGCUCCAUAGUAAUGGCGUUCCAUUGAACCUGUGGAAGGCCGGGCACCGAAAAGACAACAACCUACCGAUGAGACUCUUGGUCAUAGAAAAUGAUAUCAAAAUAUGUUGAAUGAAACGCGUUAAAACAAAACCUGUGCUCGGUGUUCAUAUCAUGGUCACAACUGGCCCCGCCCACCCUACUGCGCAUCGUGACAUACCUGCCAUGAAACUGUUUCCCUUUUGCACCAUAAUGCAAUGUAUACAGUACUGAACUGUGUGAUGUUUUUUUGGCUCAAAUAGUUUUUCCUGACUUUGUGCUGUGGGCACUGGCCUCUCUCUCUCUCUCCCACUGGGCCUGAUGCUUCCAUUCAUUGCUUCGGUGUUCACACAGCCAUGGGAAUGAGAACUACUAUGCUGUUUACUUCAACUCUUCAAAAGAAUUCAAAGGGAAGAAGAAGAGAGAAAUAGUUAUUGAGGGAAGGAUAGUUAACCUUGGAUUAUACUAUAGCCUACCUAAGUAGCUAGCAGGACAGGAAGAGGGCCUUGAUAUACUUACAAAAACAAAUACUGAAAAAGACAUUAAAAGCCACACACUUUAACAACUAUAUAUGCAGUUUUACAAGAGAAAGAAAUAUGCAUGUCUACUUUCUGGUAAUAUUUUUCACUGUCUGUGUUUACUUGAUUAAAAAAAUGGAAAUCUAUAUGUUACUUGCAUCCUCAAGGUCAAUGAAAAUGUCUCCGUCUCAAAUAUUGAAAUGAAGUGAUAUCACGUUUAAAAAAAAAAGUACAAAAAAUUAAAUAAAAAAAGGUAUAUUUACUUCAUUGUAAUCAUAUAGUAAGGAUACAUAUGACUAUACUCCGUUUUGAUUUGGAUGCUGGAUUUUUGCAUGAAUAUAUAAUAAAUAAAACCAUGACUUAAACGA